AUACAUAUAUCAAUCAAUCAAGAUCACCACCACAAGGCAAAAUCUAAACUCUCUCUGCAAAAUUUCUGCUAACUUCUUCCUCCCAUUUUCUUGCCAUGGAAAUCGAUUCCGCCACCAACGGAAACUCUGACACCGUCAUGACGGAAUCCGCCGCUACGAUCACUCCGUCGCCGGUCGUCGUCUCGUCUUCGAGAUCGAAUCAAUUUACGGAAUCUCUCAAGCUUGAGCACCAGCUCCUCCGCGUUCCUUUCGAGCAUUACAAGAAGACGAUCCGUACCAAUCACCGUUCUUUCGAGAAAGAGGUCUCAACCAUUGUUAACGGCGUCGGAGAAUUGGCUGAUUCCGAUUGGUCUAAAGACGAUACCGUUUCGCGUCUUACUUGCCUUGUUACUCGAUUACAAGGCCUCAAACGAAAGUUGGAAGAAGGGAGCAAUGUGGAGAAUUUGCAAGCCCAGAGAUGUCGUGCUCGCAUCGAUCAUUUGGAUUCAGUAGAUGUGGAAAAUAUUACUGAAUGGAAUAAUACCAAACUGAAACGGAUUCUUGUAGACUACAUGCUGCGGAUGUCAUAUUUCGAGACUGCUACAAAGCUUUCGGAAAGCAGCAAUAUUAUGGACCUUGUCGACAUUGACAUAUUUCGAGAAGCUAAGAAGGUGAUUGAUGCCCUUAAAAAUAGGGAGGUAGCUUCUGCAUUGACAUGGUGUGCUGAUAACAAAACGCGGUUGAAAAAGUCAAAGAGCAAAUUUGAGUUCCAACUAAGGCUGCAAGAAUUCAUCGAGUUGGUACGAGUUGAUACAGCUGAGAGCUACAAAAAAGCAAUCCAGUAUGCUCGAAAGCAUCUGGCAUCAUGGGGAACAACCCAUAUGAAAGAAUUGCAGCAUGUUCUGGCCACUUUGGCUUUUAAAAGUACCACAGAAUGCUCAAAAUAUAAGGUUUUGUUUGAACUACGACAGUGGGAUGUUUUAGUUGAUCAGUUUAAACAAGAAUUUUGCAAGUUAUAUGGCAUGACGAUGGAACCCUUAUUGAACAUCUACUUACAGGCAGGCUUGUCUGCGCUGAAAACUCCGUAACGAUCAAACUCUAUCAAAAUUGAUGUUUUUGAUUGUCUAUUUUCUGCAUCUGAUAAAGGGGCAGAAAGUAAGUUUUCGAAAUGACACCCUAAUGUGAUUCUUACUGGUGGGUUGCGUUUGUACCUUGAUAUGACUCAGAUAUGGUUUAGAAGAAGGUUGUACCAAAGAGGACCCUCUCUCACAAGAGAACUUUCGGAAGCUAGCUUUGCCUUUACCGUUCUCCAAGCAGCACCAUUCAAAGCUUGUUUGCUAUAUUUCUAAGGAGCUAAUGGACACAGAGAACCCACCACAGGUGCUGCCCAAUGGCUACGUCUACAGCACCAAGGCUCUCAAGGAAAUGGCGGAAAAGAAUGGAGGUAAAAUAACAUGUCCAAGGACAGGGCUUGUCUGCAACUACACGGAGUUAGUUAAGGCAUAUAUAUCAUGAACCCAUAUGCUCAUAAUCCUCACUUUGGUCACCUUUUCAAUGGAUGACUGGGAGGACAGUAUUAAGGCCAAAGAAACUGAAAUUUCCAACUUUCUCCAUUACUCUUUGUGAAUAUGCACUUGCAGAUAAAACUUUGCAUCACUUUAGAAACAGCUCGUUCCUUUGUAUAUCAAGCCAUUUCUUCAUUUCAGUCUUAUGACAAUUUUCUAGUCAACAUGGUUUUAGUGGAAACAUGUUUGGCUGCUUUGCUCUGAUAUUUUUAUUCAUGUUUUUCUUCUUAUCCACUAGUAGUUUCUGUAUAAAUCAACCGGCAAAGUACACUUUAUUGUCCCACUACCAUUUCACAAACCACAGUUCCGAUUCUACUAUCAGUUUCCUCACUUGAGGUGUAUAAUUUGGUUCUGUCUGGUUUCAUCUAUUUGGAUACCAUCCUGAUUCAACAUGUUCAUCAUUUCUCUUUUGUUUGUUGGCUUCGGA